CACCAUGGAUGUCUGAGUAAAGGAAAGCGCACACCCGUCUAUUAAACGUGGUAGAUUUAUAUUUUAUUUCGGCACGGGUUUAGCUGAUCGGUUAUAAUGUUUAUAAUGUAAAGAGUUGAAGGAUGGAGGCUGAGGAAACUGCACCGUUCCGCAUCGACUCGACUGUGCGGGCGCUGCGCUGUGCUCUGCGGGGAGAAGUCGAGCAUGAAGUCGAGUCUGUACAAACCAACAGCGGUAAAAGGAGCUGCUGUGACAGAGAGAAGCUCUGGUUUAAGGAAAGCAGCGUUAAAAACCUGAGGAACAGAGAUUUCCUGGUGCCGAACACAGUUCUGGCUACACUGUACCCGGACUCACAGGUUCCUCCAGACAUUCUAAGCCGUAUCCAGUCUCUUCGUGGGGACGGGGUGUUACCAGUAGCAGGAUGUGAUGUCACGGCAGAAGGGCUCCGUGUAACAGUGGACCGCUGUGCAGCAUUUCGAACUGUACUUUCUGCAGAGAACACCUACUUGAGGCCCGUCGCUCAGAGACAGGAACAUGUCCUAAUCAACUGUCCUGCCCUGCAUGCCAAAUCAGCCCCUCUUAAUCCGGACAGUUUGGCUUUGGGGCAGCUUCGCGCUGUUCUUAUUGCUGAUCAUUUAAGAGCACUGCUCAUGAGACAAGGUUACACAGUGUCCUUCUGUCCUACUCUGCCUGUGGAGAGUGACAUCAUCCAAUUCCUCCGAACUCUAUGCAUUGAUUGGCCGACGACUUCUGCUAGUUGGACCAGUGAGGAGAGAGAGGAAAAGCUGAAAAACACUCUGAAGAACAGUACCUACCAGGAGAAAGAUGAGGAGAGCGGAAAGAGGCAAAAUAAAGAAGAGGGGAUGGAUGAAUGUGAUGCAGGGAGGACCGAGGAGAUCAGGAUAAAUCUUAAACAAGUGAUGGAGGAUGCACAACUGCAGGGGUUUGACCCCACUCUUGGUAUCUGCACAGUGCACAGAGAGGCUUUGUGUCAUCUAGUUCAGCUGGACAGAGCAGCAGAAGAGUAUCCAGCGUCUACACUGACAGUGUUGCAUGUCACUUCCUGUCAGGACGAGUUCCGCCAACAGCAGACAGUCAUGCUGUGGAGAGCCAGCGGUGCUAUGGCAACACAGAGGGUGGUUGUAUGUGGUCCAGUAAAGACGCCUGGCACUCAGAUAAGCUCGGCUCAGUAUCUUCAGUUAAGAAGAGCUCAGAUGAAAGAAGCUUCAGAAAUGAAAUAUGGGGAUCAGGUGGAAGGACAGACAUGGGACGACAUCAUCAGAAUCAUGACCUGUGCUACGGUUCGAUUUGAUCUGCUGUCGACUGCACACACAAGCCCCGUGACUCUGGAUACGCAGCGUGAAGGGGGGGUGUCCACAAAGGGACCCAGAGGUGGAGUAUUCGUUAUGUAUAAUUGUGCAAGACUUCACACUUUGUUUAGCAGCUACGAGAAAGCAGUAGAGCAAGGUGUUUACCCAGAAAUCCCUGCAGCCACAGAGUUAGCAUUUUCAGAUCUUAAGGAGGAGGGGGAGUGGCUUCUCCUUUUUAAUUACAUCAUUCCAUUCGCUGAGCUUCUGGACCAAUCAGGACAUAUUCUGGAUCUUGAAGGGGGAGGAGCCAGAGUUAAUUUAAGAACAGAACAGGUCUGCAGAUUUCUGGUGUCUCUCAGUAAGGACUUUAGUUCUUAUUACAACAGAGUCCACGUACUUGGGGAGCCACUACCUCAUCUCUUCAAUCAGAUGUUUUGCCGGUUAUUGUUGCUGAAGGCUUUGAGAGAACUUUACCACAGUGCACUGGACUCCCUAAAUCUGCCACCGAUUCCACAGCUAUAGCAUCAAAUCCCAGAUAUACAAUCACACUUCCACUACACCCUGUAAUGUUUAAACAGUCAUGUACAAAUGCCCCUACAAUGCUAAAAACAGAUUUACUAUUAUCUUUUUCCUGGAUUUUAUCUCCCAAUCUGGUUGUUUCACAUUCCAAAAUGUGAAUCCGCUGCUGCUUGCAAAGUUCCAGAUCUGAUCAAGGAGAGUCGGAUCACCACACACCCCCUCUGACAUGUGUUAUCACCUGCCAGUGUUGGGUUUCCAUACAGAGCUGAAUGACAUACAGAGAGCCAUGCUAUUUUUUGUUUGACACCCCAGCCCACCCCAUUUGUCGUAUGACCCGUCGUAUUGACCCUGUCCGAACUCCAUCUCAUACAUGACCAGUUGUGUUUGUAUGGAUGCCCGGUCAGGUCGGUGGCUCUGCUGAUGUUUGAACUUGUGAGUUUAAACAUUCUGCAGUGGUGUGCCAGUGUGUUAGACCGCUGUGCCACCCGAGCACCCUUCUUAAUUUCUGUUAACCUCCCAGAACAUCCCAAAGAAUUUUCCUGCACAACAUUAAUUUCCUUAAACAUCAAAACUUACUAAGCUGUCUUUGUUCUGAGUUACCUCAAUUAAACCCACCUAAUAUGUUUUUUAUCUCAAAGUCAAACUACACUGGCCCAACUUUAGGAAUGAAGUACUGAAUUCUAACAGAAAAUAAACCAGCCAAACCAAAACAA